AUGGUGCCCAACUGUCCCCGCGCGCUCUUCCUUCUGCUGCUUUUCCUCGCCUGCCCCGAAUCGCGGGCUUCCCAGAACUGUCUCAGCAAACAGCAGCUCCUCACGGCCAUCCGCCAGCUGCAGCAGCUGCUGAAGGGCCAGGAGACGCGCUUCGCUGAGGGCGUCCGUCACAUGAAGAGCCGGCUGGCCGCGCUGCAGAGCUCCGUGAGCAGAGCGGGCCCCGACGCGCCCUCAGUCUCCUGUCCUGCUCUGAGCGCCCCUCCAGACGGCAGAAAGUUUGGGAGCAAGUACUUAGUGGAUCACGAGGUCCAUUUUACCUGCAACCCUGGCUUCCGGCUGGUUGGGCCCAGCAGCGUGGUGUGUCUUCCCAACGGCACCUGGACCGGGGAGCAGCCCCACUGUAGAGAUGUCAGCGAAUGCUCCAGCCAGCCUUGUGAGAACGGUGGGACGUGCGUGGAAGGCACCAACCAGUACAAAUGUAUUUGUCCUCCGGGAAGGACUGGGAGCCGCUGUCAGCAUCAGGCCGAGACUGAUGUGAAUGAAUGCGAGCUCUACGGGCAGGAGGGGCGCCCCCGGCUCUGCAUGCAUACCUGCAUGAACACCCCCGGCUCCUACCGCUGUGCCUGCCCCAGCGGGUACCGGACCCUGGCCGACGGGAAGAGCUGUGAGGAUGUCGAUGAGUGUGCGAGCCCGCAGCACGUGUGCCCCCGGGGGACCGUGUGCAUCAACACGGGCGGAGGCUUCCAGUGCGUCAGCCCGGAGUGCCCCGACGGCAGCGGCAACGUGAGCUACGUGAAGACGUCCCCUUUCCAGUGUGAACGAAACCCCUGCCCCAUGGACAGCAGACCCUGCCGCCACAUGCCCAAGACCAUCUCCUUCCAUUACCUCUCUCUGCCCUCCAACCUGAAGACGCCCAUCACGCUCUUCCGCAUGGCCACGGCCUCGGCCCCAGGCCGGCCUGGCCCCAACAGCCUGCGCUUCGGGAUCGUGGGCGGCAACAGCCGUGGCCACUUUGUGAUGCAGCGCUCCGACCGGCAGACGGGGGAGCUGAUCCUCGUCCAGACCCUGGAGGGGCCUCAGACGCUGGAGGUAGACGUUGACAUGUCAGAAUACCUGGACCGCUCCUUCCAGGCCAACCACGUGUCCAAGGUCACCAUCUUUGUGUCCCCUUAUGACUUCUGAGGGUGCCGUGGGGUCACGGGGUGCAGAAACCUGGGCUCAUUUCUCUUCCCCAAAGACUCAGCUGUGGGCGCUGACUCUGACAGACAUCUCUUCCCACCCCGCCUGGCCCCUGCCCGCCUGCCCGGCACCCCCAGGCUCCUAGGGCAGCUCUGCACGCUGUCCCGUGCAGUGGCACAGAAAGGCGGCCACAAAACCCAAACUGCUGCCAUUACGUUUUUUUCCUGCUUUAAGGCCCUCCCUUAAAUGAUGCACUUUCUCCAUCUUUACUUACGGGAACCGGCAGCUUUUCUAAAUGCUGUGAGUGGCAUUGUGAGUCUGAACUAGCCGGGGAGGGAAAGGCUUAUAAUAAGUCUGAGAUGACUGUCCGUCCUCCCGUGUUGUUAUGGUCCAGCCUUGUUAAGAUGUAGUUCUUCAUGCUGAGGGUCACGUCCAGCCCUUGCGCACGUGGCAUGGUGGGGCCAGGGGGUCCUGCCACAACCCAGCAUGUCCUUUUCUGCAUCCCUUCUGCAACAUGCCCGCCACCCUUCUCAUCAGAGAACCACGGCAGGGCUUGAACCCCCGUGCAGAUUCUCCCAGACCGAGGAACCAAGAUUCAAGCGUAGCUUCUGCCUGAAUUAAUCCCCUUUUGACAAAUCCUGUCUCAAAACAUAACCUGGUAUUAUAACUGAAGAAAUAAAGUCUGUUGCUCCUCCCUGCCCGCACUGGCCUGUCCUCGACCGUGAGCCAGCCCUCAUCCUCCCACGAGGGGUACCUGGUGCCUUUCCUGUCAAGGCUGGACCCGAUGGGAUAAGUGAAUAAGAAAGAAAACGUGGAGAUGAUGCUGAAAUUGCUCCACCAAUAGAAAUUUGGCUUGUCCAAGCGGGAGGUUGGUAAAGCAACGUCCGGCAGUGGAGAGCUUUAAAAAAUGCUUGGAUUGCCGUUCUACUUCUACUUCCAGGACCUUCUACUUCUGAUGGAGAAGCCAAAGGGCAGGGGGGAUGCCUGCAAGGUGGCCGAGGAAAGAAAACACUCUCAGGGCUGGGAGUGGGUGGGGGAGACUGUGCGAGGGACAACUUCGAAGCUAGCUGAGCUGUGAGGACAUACAUGUUCACUGAGGUGAGACUUCAUCCCAUUUUAUUGAAAAGUUCUUUGUAUUUGCUUUGGUGUGAGGUGGAGCCAAGGCAAAUGUGUUGCCAGUUCAGUGAUGAGGCCCUCCAUCCAGGUGGUUCCUCGGACACCUGUCCUUGUAUUAUUUUGUCAGACAACCAGUGAGACCCAGGCAAGAGCUGCUUUUGACAUUUUUCUCCUCCUCUGGGCUCAGCUGUGAUGUCUGCAACAAGAGAACGAGGGCCUGCAAGUCUGCUUCUCUGGGGUGUUAAGGGCUUUAUUAAAGCCAUCCCCCAGCCCUGCGUUUCUCAAUGGUGCUGUGACGGGUCAGAAGCCCACACGCCUCCCAGUCCCCUGUGCAGAGCACCCAGGCUGGGAGGGGCAAAGGUGAGGCCAGGCUCCUGAAAGUAAAAUGUCACAGGUGUGUGUCCUUCCUUCUUGCUGGGGGGAGGGCAAGGUGGUGCCAAGGGCCAAGCCUCUUACCUCCCAGCAGGUGAGGAGUGAUUUGGGAGGACUUGGACACCACACAGGCCCAGCUGAAACCAAUGAUUUGCAUCAGCAAGAUCGGCUGUCACCAAACCUCUUCCCAUUUGAGAUGCCUCACCACGCCCCACGGGACCCACAUACAGAUGCCCGCCCGAGUCCAGCUCUGUGCAUAGUGCCUGGCCCUUCCCAUGUGGUACCUUGUUCUCUAGCCUCUCUCAACAUCUCCCCAUAGAAACCAGCUUCUCCUCUGUCCUUUCAUAGCUCCAGUCUGUGCCAGGUUCAGAAUAGGCAGUUGUUAACAGGCAUGAAUUUGCAUCCCUUUCUAGGUAAUACAGUUUCAUAUUAUUUGGCAGGGAGCAUCUAAAACCUUUUACUGGGCACCACUGCAGACAUACACAGACAUAGAACAGAAUAAUGCACCUCCUGUCCCAGUCACCAAUUUCAAGAAUUAACUCCCGGCCAAUCGUAUUUCAUCUCUGCUCUCACCCACCCCAUGCUGAUUUUGAAACAGGUCUUGGACCUCACAGCAUUUCAUUCGUGAACAUUUCGGUCUGCAUCUCUAAACCAUAAGACUUUUUUUAAAAGUGUACCCUCAGUACUGAAACAUCAGUAGUCAUUCCUUAAUACCUUCAAAUAUUUAGUCAUUCAAAUUUCCGAGUGGCUCAUGAUUUUUUGUUUGAAAGAGGUCCAUGCUCUAAUUUGUCGAUACUCUUCUUAAAUCUCCGUUCACCUGUGGCAGUAGUUCUCAUGCUGCAGCAGGUACUGGGAUAACCUAGAAGACUAGCAUCCUGGGUCCCUCGUCCUGCAGAACUUCUCACAGUCUGGGUUUUCCUGAGGGCAUCUCUGCAGCGUCUUUUAACAUCAUCCUCUGCCUUCUCGAUUUCUUAUCUGUCAGUAGUUAUAGCUAGAAAUUCAGAGUCCAGGUCGGUUUAUUUUCACGAGAUGACUUUACUGAUGGUGAAAGUACUUCCGGUGGGGGAGGGGCGAAUCAUCUCUCGUAGCCUCUCUUUUCUGAGGUUAGCAGCCAUUGAUGGUGACUGCAUAGACCCAUUACUUCUUGAGGGGUUGCAAAUAAUGUUCUAGUGCCACUGUUUCUUUAUUAGCUGGCAAACCUUAUAAGGAGAAACUUCCUUUCAUCAAUUACUUGGUUACCCUGAGGUCUGGUUUGUACAGGAAAGGCAGGAUAAAUUCUUGCCUUUUCCCCCUUGUCCGUUUUCAAGGUGGUUCCCAGGGAACCACCGUCUUUCCGAGUGGCCCCGUGAGGGUUGUUUUCUUCUUGAGGACAUUGCGAACUCAUGGUUUAAACGUAUUUGGUGGAUGUUUCAGUCCAUUGCAGUCGCUGUCCUUACGGUUGCUCAGACCAUCCUGUCUUUGGCUCUUGGGAACUGCUUCAAGUUGGCUGAUUCCUUUCGACAUGACCCUAGUUGUCUUUGAUAGUUUGGUAGUUCUCUUGUGUGACAAGAUGUUUCGAGCUUAUCUUGUAUAUUUGUGCUCCAGCCCUGAAGUCAUCUAUUUUUCUUUUUUUUUUUUUUGACCCAGAGAUCCCCAGUUCCUUUCAGUGGGGAGUGAUCAUCAGAGAUCAAAAUCUGGGUAUAAGGAAGGUUCACGGGUAGAGGUUUGGUCAUUAUUUCUUGGUUUUAAUGCAUACAGCUAGGAAAUAGGUUCUACUCAGUUUUUUUUUUAAAGAAAAAACACUACAUGAGUUUACAUUGAUAAUUCCAAUUCAACUCAGGACUACUGGAUUUUUAAUGUAACCUCAUUGUCUUACAUCUGCUCUUUCUCUCAUUCUAAAGACCUCCUUCUCAAAAUCACCAAAAUAGUUACACAAUGUUUUAAAUCCUCAGAAUAACAAUUCCAAAAUUAUCACACAGAAAUGACUGAAAACGGUUAACAUUUUUCUUUUGCAAUUCUUUUUGUCCUUAGGGUUUAUGCUAUCAGGGAUGCAACAGUCAGACGACUUGGAAUCGUUCCUCUCUCUGUGGUUAUGCCCCAAGCUUGAGUCAGGGUAAUGGUUUCACUUUGUUUUGCUUAAAUGUUUAGAGAGUCCAUUUUUCAUUUUUAAAAAUAAUUAUGCAAACUAUUUACAUGGUUCCAAAGUCAAAUCCACAAAAUGGGCUGUAUUCAGAGAAAUCUAUAUUCUAACCCAGUCCCCUCCACCCGAUUUCCUCUUCCUACCAUAGGUAAUCAAGCUUUUUUCAUUCUACUCUUCCAUUUUAAAAAUAUAAGCACAUGAUAAAUAGAAGCAUCCUAAUUCAUUUCAUACCUUCCUUGAUCUUGCUUUUUUCCCUUAACAGUAUAUGGAAUAUUACUCCAUAGAACCAGAUAAAAUGUUCUAUAAAAUGCUCCAUUAUGAGGAAAUACCAUUGUUUAUUCAACCAGUCACCCUUGAUUGACAUAUGGGCUGUUUCCAGUCCUUUGAUAUUAAAAAUAUUGAUGCAA